AGUUGUUUUUACGUGAGAGACCUCGCGCGCCAGUCUCUCAUGAACCCUAGAGGGAUAAACGACGAGGCGGAGGAUCCUCGAGCUUGGAUCCAUGGCGACGAGAGCGCAAAGACCAUGCUCGCUAGGCUUCUUAUCGAGCGCAGCCUCCUCCUCCUUCCUCCGCUCCACCGCCUUCCCCUUCGCGUCGGCAACGUCGUCGAGAUCACCGGCCCGUCCUCCUCGGCCAAAUCCCAAGUGCUUCUCCAGGCGGCUGUCCACUGUAUUCUUCCCAAAGAGUGGAAGGGUAUCCGUUUCGGGGGGUUGGAGCGCAUAGUGAUCUACUUUGAUCUAGAUUGCCGUUUUGACGUUCGCCGCCUCACCCAGAUCCUGAAGUUCCGUAUAUUGGGGGUCCUUGGAUCUAUCAAUGGAAGCAAUCGAGCACAUCAGGAGGGCUUUCAGGAAUAUCAUGGCGAGGCUUCAAUCAUGAACUCAGUAUAUGAUGAACUGAUUGUAGCUUGCAUGAAGCGCUUCUUGUAUAUCCGUUGUUAUGAUAGCUACGAAUUCCUAGCUGCUUUAAAGACCAUGCACUCACGCGCUCAAGUUGAAAGUGGAGUUCUUGGCGUUGGCAUUCAUUUUCUUUUGAUAGAUAGCAUCGGUGCCUUCUAUUGGAUUGAUCGUUCCAUUCAACCUUCGAAUUCCUUGGAUUAUAAGAGGGGAACUAUGUCUUUUCAACAUCUGGUAGAAACUAUUGUUCAGGAGAUACGGAAAUUCUUAGAGGUGCAACCUGUCCUGGUGUUAGUUUCUAAAGCAAGUAUAUUUGGUGCUGGAACGUCCAUUGAUGCACAGAGGGAUAUUGAAAUGUGUACUUCAAGCAGAGAUACAGACAAGGUUUUGUACCGCGAAUACAUGCCUUCUGCAUGGCAGGCAUUUGUAACUCACCGGAUAAACUUGCAACUUUCAGACAAGUAUACUAAUGACAAGAAAGGUGGUACAUCGCCAAUAUAUACAUCCGAGUGGGUGCAACCUCCGCUUAAUAUAAAAGAUCAAUUUGCUGUUGCAGAUGAUGGAAUCUACCUGAUCUAAACAUCCCAGAUCUUUUUGUCUCGCUGUUCAUUCUUCAGAAUCAUGCAUACACCGACAGGGAAAGCUGGCAUUUUGGUGCAAACGUGAUUUGAACCGAGCAUAUACAUAUCCUUUUCCUGGUUUCUACACGCAUGCCAGGGAAAGCUUCAAGUGUUUCAAUUUAUGGUGCAACGAUCCGCUUACAGUUAAACCUGACAUUUCUCAGCCUCAAGCUGUACUUUAUUCUCAGCGUUGUCUUCCUCCUCCGCAGUCAUUUCUAUGAUUGGGAUCUGUUUGUUAAUUUCCUCAGUCCAUUUACACGUGUAUAAUUUCAAACAUUGAGUUUAACAAAAUGGUUGUAUAUGCAUAAUAUUGAAACUCUGCCGUCCGUUUGGACGUUAAUAUA